AUGAAGCCCAGAGUGAACCAUUCUACGGCUACUAUGCCGAAGGCAGCUCCUAAGCGGGUAUACAAAAUCGCUAAGGCAAUAAAAGAGGGAUUCGAAAUUUCAGAUCCGCAUUCAAAUACAUGGAUUGUCGGUGAGGCAAUCGCACAAGGUGGCUUCGGAUCCCUUUAUGUUGCCUCUUCCAAAAAGAACCCCAGAGCAAAGAGCUAUGUUCUCAAAAUUGUGAGUCCGUUUUCUUGUCUCACCCUUUGUUCGUCCCAGGAACCGCAGGAAAAUGGACCACUAUUUACUGAGACCCACUUCUACACCCGUGUAUGCAAGCAGGAGCUGCUGGACGAAUGGAAAGCAGAGCAUGGCCUCACUUUCCUGGGUAUUCCGCGUUUCAUUUCCAAGGGCCUAUUCGUGUCACCAAAUCAUCAGACUUGUCGCUUCCUCGUCAUGGAUCGUUUUCAUGACUCUCUUGAAGACUGCCUCACACGACACGAGUUCACUCCGCCUGGCAUUCCCCCUAUCGCCAUUCAGACGCUUGAUGCCCUGGAGUACAUUCACUCAAAAGACUACGUUCAUGCUGACAUAAAGGCCUCCAAUCUCCUUCGCGGUGAUGCAGGCAUGUUCUACUUAGCCGACUUUGGUCUGGUGUCGCAGUACCGUGUCAAUGGUGGUGGUCACAGAGCAGAGAAGGCCUCGCUUAAGCUACGCGACAACGGCACCCUCGAAUUUUGCUCGCGAGAUGCUCAUGCCGGCUUGCCACCUUCGCGACGAAGUGAUCUAGAAAUCCUCCUUUUCAAUCUCUUCCACUGGUUGUAUCGCGCCCGUCCCAACGCGUCACAGAGUUCUUGUGCUGGCCUGCCCUGGGAAGCUUUCAUUGGCGGUGUCGCAAUGCGCACCAGUGUGCCGACAGCGGUGCGGGAGCGGGUGGUGCAAUCGAAGAUGGAGGCCAUGGACCCCGCGCACACCUCCGUUCUCCUCGAUGCCACCGGUCUCGGCUACCAACCCGCUCUUGAGGCCCUGAUCCAUACAGUGGGCGAACUGGGCUACGCGGAGACGCCGAACUACGAGCGUUGCAGGGAUCUGCUGAAAGCGUUAACAAAGAGUCUCACUGCUGACGCCACUACCGCCGAUUCUGGAACCCUGAACAGGCGCAAACACGUCCUUGCCGAGGUGAACAGUAGGGAGACGCACGAUACACAUUCCAGAAAGGCACCAGACAAGUCGGAGAGUGUAGUGGAAAAGCCAAGCCGAAGAAAGCCCACCGUCAAACAGCCUCAGGCACGGAAUACCGUGGAGGUAUGCGGCGUUUCACACUCAAAAGAUGACGAGGAAGAGGAUGAGGGGUUAAUAGUACCAUCCUCGAACACCACCCCCGCUAUUGGCGCUCGCGUCCGUCCGCCGGCACGGCGCAGUGCCCGUACGAGACGCGCGAUGAACAGUGUCUUUGAGCCCAGUGACGAAAGCGGCGACGACAAUGAUGACAAUGAGGAGGAUUUCAUUCCCACUCCCAAACGGGCCCAGCAUCAACAGAAGCAGCAGCGGACACGCAGCCGACUGGUGGCACCUGGAGUAGCGACGCAGACGUCGCCGCGACUGUUACGACAGCUGGAGCGUGAAGAGCGGAGACGAAACUUCUUUUGA